AUGAAUUACUUACGUGCUCGAGUUUCGAUGCGGGGGUUGGAUAUUGACAAUGGGUCAUCCCCACAAUUGCUACUAGCUUUUGCAGAUGACAGCACCGGUCUACUAGCUGAUGUUGAUUACGCACCUGUAUUCCUGGAUGUGGUACAAGAUUACGCGUUAGCAUCAGGAUUACGCCUAAAUAUGAAUAAAACGUGCGUCAUGCCGUUUACGUUCCAAGUCGACCUGCCCAAACUGGCCAGACUACGUGCUUUAACGGAUCUCAAAGUGUUACAAGCGUCGGACAGUGUGGUACGAUUAGGUGUACUUCAGAGCGCCACAGUGACACCCAAACAACGAUUUGGUGAUGUGGUUAGUAAAGUACGAAGACGAUGUGCCAUCUGGUAA